AAAACAUUCUAACUUAGUAAAAUGAUUACACUGCGGAGAUCUGGACGCCUAUCAACUGCUGCUGCACAACUUAACAUUACUACUUCAAGUUCUCUUUUGAUAAGAAAACAAUAUACCCCUCCUGUACUUCAAUUUAAAAGAACUUUUGCUUUACUUAAUGACAAUCCUCUUAAUGAACAAGCUAAUCAACCAAUGUUUACGGUGGGCACUGAAAAUGGUUUUCUUCCCCGCGUAGACCCUUUAUCCCAGUUGCCUGACUGCUUCAAGCAUUUGGAAUCUUUGUUGCAACGUAUGCCUUUACGACGUGCGGAUGGUACUCCUGGCUUACUGGCCAGUGGCCAGUUUGGUGAUGCUGUUCGUGACGAGCUUCCUCUUUAUGAUGUCGAUUCAAUUACUGAUCAACGUUUAUUGUCAGCCUUGUUUCGCGAUUACACUUUUGCUGCUUCUGCUUAUUUGCUCGAACCUUGCGACAUACUUUACCGUGCUGCGAAAGAUUAUGGCCAUGGAAGAAAAGUGUUGCCAAAGAAUAUUGCUGUUCCCUUGCAUAAGGUGGCAGAGAAAAUUCAAAGCAAGCCUUUCAUGGAAUAUGCAUUGAGUUACGCGUUGUAUAAUUACAAGAAGUUGCAACCCGCUGGGGGACUUACUUACGAUAAUCUGGCUCUCAUCCGUGCUUUUGCUGGUAGUGAAUCUGAGAAAGGCUUCGUCUUGAACCAUGUUACUAUGGUCUCUUAUUCUCCCAAGCUCGUCCAGUUCACUAGAGGCAUUUUGGAAGCCGUUGAAGCAGGUGAUCGUACCAAAUUUGACACUCAAAUGUUAGGCUUGAAUGAAACUUAUGAAUGUAUUAACCGGGAGAUGGAGAUGAUGUGGUCACGCAGCAUGCCUGAAGACUAUCUCAAAUUCAGAACCUUCAUUAUGGGUACAAAGAAUCAGCCUAUGUUCCCUGAUGGUGUUAUUUAUGAAGGCGUUAGCGAUGAACCGGUUGUUCACCGUGGUGAAUCAGGCGCUAAUGAUUCAAUGAUCCCUUUGGUUGACAAUUUGUUGCAAAUCACUGAGAUUAUGCCUGAAAAUCCUUUGACUGAAGUAUUACGUGAUUUCAGAUCUUAUCGACCUCCUAAUCACCGUGAAUUCUUGGAAUAUGUUCAAGCCAAAGCCAGAAAAAUUGGUGUUAAGCAUUUCGCCCUUCAGGAUCCUAAUUCUGCUGCUAUUUACUUGUCCAUUGUCGACCAAAACCGCGCCUUCCGUAAUAGACACUGGAAUUUUACGAAGGAGUACAUUAUCAAGCAUACGACUCAUCCAGUUGCUACUGGAGGCUCUCCUAUUGUUACCUGGUUGCCUAACCAACUCGGCACCAUCUUGGGUUUAAUCAAUGAAAUUAGUGACGAAAUUCCCAAGUCUCAACUUACUGAAAAUAAUUUGAUACGUGUUGAAGAAAUUGCUAGAAGGGCACAAGCUCAGAAGCGAGUCCUGGAUAGGGAAGUUGCUAACCUUAAGACGAAGUAUAAGCAUCAAGACCGUACCUGAGGGGAACAUCCAUAACGGCACUGCAGCAAAACUGAAGCUCUAUUUUAUUGUCAAGCAAACAUCUUUUAAUAUAUAUUAAAUAAAAUACUUACGAAAACUUCAAUUUCUUGUCUUUAA